GAAUAGUUGGCAACUAGUAAUUGGCCAAUCGCGUAUAAAUACAUGACAAGUAUACAAGAAGGGGCCUAUAAAUCAGCACCAAAGUUUUUAACCCAAUUCAAAAUUUUCUCUCUUUUUUCAAACACAUGCAAUUGACUAAUUGAGUCUCUAUAGGGAAAGAAAGAGAUGGCGAUGAAGCGCGUGGCCGUGUCUGUAUUUCAGGCUCUUUCUUCAUCUGGAGGAGUAUCAUCCACUCUCACUAGACACCUCCAUGGUUCUGGUGGCAGCAAAAAGAUAGUGGGAGUGUUCUACAAGGCCAAUGAGUAUGCCAAGCUGAACCCCAACUUUGUGGGUUGCGUGGAGGGAGCUUUGCACAUACGUGACUGGCUGGAAUCACAAGGCCAUCACUACAUUGUCACUGAUGACAAAGAAGGACCAGAGUCUGAACUUGAGAAACACAUUCCUGAUCUGGAAGUUCUCAUAACUACCCCUUUCCAUCCUGCCUAUGUGACGGCCGAGAGGAUCCAAAGGGCGAAGAAUUUGAAGCUGGUUCUUACAGCUGGGAUUGGUUCUGAUCAUGUUGAUCUGAAUGCUGCUGCUGCUGCCGGGCUAACAGUUGCUGAGGUCACAGGAAGCAAUGUGGUAUCGGUAGCGGAAGAUGAGCUCAUGCGAAUCCUCAUUCUCGUCCGGAACUUCUUGCCUGGCUAUCAUCAGGUUAUUAGUGGGGAUUGGAAUGUGGCUGGCAUUGCUUACAGAGCUUAUGAUCUGGAAGGAAAGACGGUGGGAACCGUUGGCGCUGGACGUAUUGGCAGGCUCUUGCUUCAGAGGCUGAAGCCCUUCAACUGUAACCUGCUGUAUCACGACAGGAUCAGGAUUGACCCUGAAUUUGAGAAGGAAACAGGAGCCAAGUUUGAGGAGGAUCUUGAUGCCAUGCUUCCCAAAUGUGAUGUAGUUGUCAUCAACACACCUCUCACAGACAAGACAAGAGGCUUGUUUGACAAAGAGAGAAUUGCAAAGUGUAAGAGGGGAGUCCUGUUCGUCAACAAUGCUCGAGGCGCAAUCAUGGACACACAAGCAGUUGUCGAUGCUUGCUCCAGUGGACACAUUGCAGGUUACAGUGGUGAUGUUUGGUACCCACAACCAGCUCCAAAGGACCAUCCGUGGCGUUACAUGCCAAACCAAGCCAUGACUCCUCAUAUCUCUGGCACCACUAUUGAUGCACAGUUACGAUAUGCUGCUGGAGUGAAGGAUAUGCUUGACAGGUACUUCAAGGGACAAGAUUUUCCUGCCCAGAACUACAUUGUCAAGGAGGGUGAACUUGCGAGCCAGUACCGAUGAUUUCCAUCAGCUUGAAUCUACUUUGUUUCAGUCUCUUCUCUGCUGAGAGUGAGACACUAAUAAAAGCCAGAAAGGUCCUUUAGCAUCGUGUGCUUUCUUGAAGGUCCAGAGGGUUGUUAUCAGGAAUAAGAGUGAACUUUAUGAGGAUCAUGUUUACUUCAUUGUCUGUAAACCAAAGUCUUUUAUCUUGGCGUUGUAUAAGAUCGUUGGUCUGUGUUUAAAAUGCUCGAGUCUUUGUUUUGCAUAGAGAUUAUGCACUCUCACUUGCAAUUGUGAGAAAUACUAUUUGAUGACAAUUGUGGAAAA